AUGUCCUUAUACCAUGAGACAGCCGAAAUCCUCUCGGCAACAUCAUCCACUGCCGGCGGCAACCUGAAGACCGGCGUCUUCGGCAAGAAAGAUUUAAAGUCUCCUCAACAACAGGUCUAUGCCUUGGCUCUUGAGACAUGUAAAUGGAGUCCGGUAUUAAAAGAAGUCAUCGAUAAAUCGGAAUUAUUGAGACACGAGCGCAAGCUUAGCCCUUUAUUAGCUCUACUGCUCGUCCAUGAUUAUAUUCUCGCAAAGGGAGGCAUUGCACUACCAGCCACUCAUGGAUUGAGAGCUUCUAUUGAGCGUCAUAAGGCGCGCUUAAAUGCUGAGUUCACCAGGGCACGUUUAAGAAGGAAGGCUGGAUCCCUCGAGGCAUUGAGGGAACAGAUAGCCACCGAGUUUCUAGGUGAAGCAGCCGCUUACCCUCGAUGGGUACGUGUGAAUAUUCUCAAAACAACGGUUGAGGACCAAUUAGCAACUACAUUUGCUACUUUCUCUAGAGUACUUAGUGUCAGUGAAGUCACUGCUACGCCCGGAAAAUUUCUAUAUGUCGAUGAGCACGUGCCGAAUCUCUUGGCUGUAUCUCCAAGCUUCGAGUUUGCGAAAACAGAAGCGUAUACCUCGGGGGCCAUAAUAUUGCAAGAUAAAGCUUCUUGUUUCCCCGCCUAUCUACUAGAUCCUCACGUUGAAGAUGGCGAUGUCAUCGAUUCUUGCGCCGCCCCUGGAAACAAGACAACGCAUCUUGCGUCUAUUGUGCAUUCCCGGAUUCCGGAGAAUGAAGAACCUACGCAGACCGUGUACGCGUUCGAGAAGGACUCGAAACGCUCGCGUACGCUAGAGAAGAUGGUCAAGCUUGCAGGUGCUAAGGAUAUCAUUCGAAUGAACUUUGGCCAAGAUUUUCUUAAAGCUGAUCCAAAUUCCGACCUGUUCUCGAAUGUUGGUUGCCUUCUGCUUGACCCGAGUUGCUCGGGUAGCGGUAUAGUCGGGAGGGACGACAUGCCCACCGUACAUCUGCCCGAUAUUCCGGGUUCUUCUAAGAGCCAGCUAUCUGAUUCACGCCGAAAGCGUAAGCGUGAGACCAACGACGAUGGCAAGAAAAAGGCUCAGCCAGUUUUGGUUGAUGACGAUGGAAAGGAGACACUAGUCUCUUCCGAAAAGGAACUAAAAGCACGUUUAGAAGCAUUAUCUUCGUUCCAGCUAACGCUGCUUCUUCAUGCUUUCAAGUUUCCCGCAGCUAGGAGAAUCACUUACUCAACUUGUUCGAUUCACGCUGAAGAGAAUGAACAGGUUGUUUUGAAAGCUUUACAAUCGGAUGUCGGUAAACAGAGAGGCUGGCGCAUAUUACCACGAGACCGACAGGUCCGAGGUCUUCGCGAGUGGCCCGUUCGGGGAUCUGUCGACGCUAGUGAUGGAGAUGCCGAGGUUGCUGAUGCGUGUAUUAGAUCAUACAAAGAUGACGGAAGAGGUGUCAUGGGCUUCUUCGUAGCUGCAUUUGUCCGUGACGUACGUCCCGGCCUCGAGGAUGGCGACGGCCCCUACAUCCGCGACGAGAAUGGCCGGAUCAUUAGGGAUCAUCUAGGUAUGCCGACUUCCAAGCUAGAAUGUAGGCCUGAAACUUUGAGAGGUAGCCUCCCUAAUAAUGAAUCCACUCAAGAUGGUCAUUAUGAGCAAGUCGAGCAUGAAGAAGAGGAUGAAUCCAUGGGCUCUGGCGAUUUAAGUGAGCCUAGCAGCGACAGCGAUUUAAGUGGUGCCGAUGAGGGCGAAUGGAAUGGAUUCGGUGAUUGAAAUUAAACCAGAUCAAUUUAAUCUACCCACUAUAUCCGUGAUGUGUCUAAUCCCGCGAGUGC